CCCCGUGUGGUUGUGCCAAGCCCUUGGAUGCUGUUUCUGCUGGCAGGGUGGCAGCAAGGGCUGAAAACAGCCCUUUAGUGGCAUUCCCUGCUCCCCUCCCUGCCGUACUCCUGACGUCUGGAUUGGGGUGACUCCUCCCGCAUUUCCUCAGGAAGAAACCCAAGGCUGGAGGGAGGAAGAGGCCGCACCACGGGAGGGACGGGACAGACGGACGCCAGCGUGGGGCUGGGGAGCCACCAGGACUUGGGCCCUGGUGGUGAUGGGGAGCGUCCAGCCCAUCCUCUGCCUCCAGCUGUGGCUGUGGGUGCACAGUUCUGCCCAGGAGCUCGACCCCGAUGGCAGGAACGUCUGCAGGCUCCCCACCGGCCUGGAGUGCUGCCUUGGCUGGAAGCAGGAUGGGCAGGAGUGCACAGUUGCACUGUGUGAGGGGAAGGACGCCUGUGGGGAGGACGAGGUUUGUGUGAAACCCGGGGUCUGCCGUUGCAAACCCGGCUUCUUCGGAGCAGACUGCAGUUCCCGUGAGUGUUCCCACAGGGCUCAGCCAAUCCCACCAUCACCUUUGCCAACCUGGAUGCUCCCAGGGACUGCAGGACUUCCCCCCAUUCCUUACUGUCUCCUUCCCCCCGCAGGCUGCCCCGAGCAGUACUGGGGCCCCGACUGCAAACAGAGCUGCCCGUGCCACCCCAACGGGCGCUGCGACCCGGCGAGCGGGCACUGCACCUGCGACCCCCACCACUGGGGACAGGUCUGCCAGUUCCCCUGCCAGUGUGGCCCCCACGGCCGCUGCGACCCCCUGACGGGCGCCUGCCACUGCGAGCCGGGCUGGUGGGCACCCAACUGCAAGAAGCAAUGUCAGUGCAACCUCGCCAGCUCCCACUGCGACCCUCUGACCGGCCUCUGCCGCUGCCUGCCGGGCUGGUGGGGCAGGAGGUGCAGCUUCAAGUGCUCCUGCUACCAUUCUCCCUGCACCCAGGAGACGGGCAAGUGCGAGUGCAAGGCCGGGUUUUGGGGGCCGGCGUGCCAGCGGCGCUGUGACUGCGUGCACGGCUCGUGCAGCCCCAUCACCGGCCACUGCACCUGCGACCCCGGCUACCAGGGCAGGAGCUGCCGGGAGCCCUGUCCGGCGGGGAAAUACGGGUCUCAGUGCGUGCACAGCUGUGGGAGCUGCAAGCGCAGCCAGCCCUGCUCACCCGUGGAUGGCUUCUGCCUGGCCUGCCAGCCUGGUUGGAACGGGACUCUCUGCAAGGAUCCCUGCGCUCCCGGAUUCCAUGGUGAGAGCUGCCUCCAGCCGUGUCCCCGCUGCCAGCGUGGAGAGCCCUGUGACCCUGAGACUGGGUCCUGCCUGCACUGUGAUCCCGGCUGGACAGGACCCAGCUGCAACAACUCCUGCCCCACAGGCACCUUCGGUGAUGGGUGCCAGCUCCUCUGCCCUGAGUGUGUUGCAGGGAGCUGUGAUCCCGUGACAGGAGUUUGCAUCUGCCAGGCAGGCUACUGGGGAGACAGCUGCAACGACACCUGUCCAGAGGGAUAUUUUGGAGUGAAUUGUUCCGAGCCCUGCCAGUGCUCCCGGGGGACCUGUGACCCUGUGCAGGGUGACUGUGUGCUGAGUUUGAAGGACCGCGGAGCCCUUGCAGCUGCCAUCCUUGUCCCUCUCCUGCUGCUGCUGCUCUGUGUUGCCUGCUGUUGCUGUGGAGCCAGCCCAGCAGAUGCUAGAGACAGGGCGGCUGUGCCGGACGACGAUGUCGUGGCCAGGAUGAAGCACCACGUGCAGGGGGUGCUGGCAAACCUCAGUGCUAUGAUGCCCUGCUUCAACCUGGGAGGCUCUAAACUCCCCAAAGUCACAGUUUCCCACCACGACACGGAAAUCCCCUUCAACCCCAGCUUCAUUGAGUCACCAUCGGCUGCGUGGGUGUCAGACAGCUCCUUCUCCUCCUUCGACACUGACAACGAGGGACCCGAGUACUCUGUCCCUCCCAGAGAAGGCAUCCCGCUGCUGGGGGGGGCUGAGCUGCAGGAUGGGGCAUCCCCCCCUGGUGAGGUGCUCCCGGAUCCAUCCGCCUUCGACUCCGAGGAUGUGUCCCAGCCCUUCGCCAUCCCUCGCACCUCCAGCAUUGCCAAGGCCAAGCGACCCUCCGUGUCCUUUGCCGAGGGGACAAAAUUUGGGGCAGUGGAGACCCCCAGCCCCAGUUGGAAGCCCAAGACCCCAUGGGGCCCAUCCAAGCCGGCCCAAACACCAGGGGAUGUAACAGCGGAGCCCCAGAGUGAGCGACCAGCCAGUGAUUGCUACAAGAACCCCGAGCCCCUCAGCAAGGGGGAGGAAAGUCACCGGCCAUCACCACGGGCCACCCCGGGGGGACGCAGGAGGGUGGUCUCCAGCACCAGGCACGUGGCCCAGAGAGUGGAGGCACUGGAAGCAGCUGCAAAAUCUGGCAGCUGGGAGGCGAAGGGGAAAGAGCCCAAUGUCACCACCAUCUACAUGAUGGUGGGAACGGCCGGGCAGGACCCCAAGGCAGAAGGAGGUGGCGAGGGACCGGUCCAGGCUGUGCUGAAGCGUCUGGGCAGCUUGCAGAGGGGCAAGUGGGCUGCCAAGGAGGAGCCCAAGGUGAGGAGGAGCAUGGAGGCCAUCCAGAAACCACCUCGCCGGGCCCUGGCGCAGCGCAGAGACUCGGUGAACAGCUGCAAGCAGAGGGAGAGUGUCCCAGGGGCUCCUGCCGAGCCAUCCCCCAGCAAGCACCAGCAUCUCCCUGCGAAGAGAUUGUCCCUCCUUCUUGCAGCUCUCUCAUCAAAAAGCACCGGAGCCCAGGAUGGGGCCAGCGAAGCUGUGGGUGCCACUGAGAGGGGCAAAAGCCCUGACUUAGUUGCCAGCCUCGAAACAAAGGGACAGGCUGCCAUGGAGGAAGAACCCAAAUACGAGAAUGUGACCAGCAGUGCUGCCAAUUCACCCUCCAGCCCUGGCAAGGAGCUGCCGACCACUCCUGCAGCCACUUGAGCCACCACUGCCCGGGCUGGGACAGUGGGAGCCCAGGGGAUGCUUCCAACCCCAUCUUGGGGGGAGCUGAGAUCCUGCUCCGAGCUGUGAACUGGAGAAGCAUCGAGCCUUUCCCUGACCCCCUCUCCUCCCUCUGUGCUGUGUUGCUGGACCCUCACUGGCUGGUACAGCUGGUGAGAUGGGUGAUACCAAGAGCCACAGUGGUAGCAGCCUGUGGGAUUGUGGUGCUUCAGAGCUGCUUUCCUGCUCUCCCCUGCCCUACCUGCCACAUCUGUGUCUGCAAAGCCUGGGGGCACAGCGAUGCUCUGGAUGUGAUGGUGACACCUUCAAGUCCCUGUCGGCAGUGGGCCUGGGGACAUACAUCUUCUUAAACAGGAGCAGGGCUGCUGGAGGCUCAGCUGGGAAAUGCAUAGGC